CAAUAACCCGAGUGCGGGAGCGAGCUUGUGGUUGUGGCGAGGAGAGAUCAGCUGAUAGAAGAGAGGUCACGUGAUCGUUGCGUGGCCGCCCACGGGCUUCUUGAUUGCCGAGUUGAGUGUUGCGGCCUGGGAGCAGCGCGUCCGCGAACCUGAGCCACUACAACUCGCGGUGCGCGUGCGCGUGCAUGAAUACGAUACCCACUCGAACGUGUAUAGUGCGGUAGUGAUGGAACGUGACGAGACACUUACAUUUUGGAAGUAAACUUCUAUCAUCAUUUUUUCAAGUAAUUCAAUUAAAAUGUUGAUGACAGAAGUAAUGAGUUCAUAAACUUACAAGUUACAGAUAUUGAAAUAACCAAAAUGUACGUGUACCUUUGAGCAAAUCCCAAUAUUCACGUAUGAGCAAAAAAGAACAAAGACAGAUAAUGCACGGCCCUUACGACCAAAGAUAAGUUUAUCAUCAGUGGUUCCAUUAUCCAGAGAAAAAGAUGCUUCACAUAAGUCAAAGUAUAAACAAGGUUAUAUCAGUUGGAUUAUAUAGUGGUAUUUUAAUUCAUAAAUGAACCAAGAAUUUAAAUAUCAUUUAGAAACGGAUAUUUAGUACACCAAUAUUGAUCAUGUUGAUUGUAAAUAUUGUUGAGCAAGUCUUUAAAAAUAAUGUAUGAUAAAUGCAAACCAAGUGACUCUGCAUGUUCUCUAAGAAGAAGUAAAUUUGAAGAGUGUGAUCAAACUGAAAUCACCUUGAGAAAAGUAGCCAAUGUAAUAACAAGCCCAUGCCAAUUAAAGAUUUAUGAUAGUAUAUUUUUAGUAACUGAUUCAGAGAGAGAAGAAGAUAGAAAGAAAAAAAAGAAAAAGAAGAAAAAAAAGAAAAAUAUAAGUAAAAUAAAAACGUUUACUGCUUCAAAUGAAACCACUUAUAAAACUAAAAGUGAAAUGGAUAAUAUUACUAAAAUAAGUAAUAGUAGUUAUAGUUAUAAUAGCCCAUUAAAAUGUUUAACUCCUACUUUAGUGCAAAUGAGUUCUGAACACUCACUUUAUAAUGACAAAAAUGAACGCAAGAAUAAGAGAAAAUUCCGUGACAGUAAUCCAAAACCUCUCAAGAAACGUAAACAAGAAGAACUGAACACUGCAGUAGUACAAAAAGAACAAUCAAUACAUUAUAAUGACAGACUGGUGGUAGAGAAGUCUUUUUGUGAUGAGCAAACUGUGGACUAUGAUGAAACUGAUAUUGAGGAUAAUCAGCUAUCUGGUCAGCUCAACUUCAAUGGUAGAAAAGAAAAAUGUAUUAAAACUUACAGGGAUGUUGAAAACCAAUGUUGUGCUGACUAUGUUGAAGGAGAAAGUGCUGAAGCAGUUACUAAACAAAGUAAUAAUAUCUUAAAUGAUGAAGAAAGCUCACUGAAACAUAUAAAUAAAUGUUUAUCUGAAAAUGUUUUAACAGACUGUGAUGCCACCUCUGAGGUAGCUGUUAGAAAUGAUGGUGAGUAUAUUUACGAAGAUAGUUACAAUCAAAAUUCCCUUUUACCAUCAUCUGAUAGCAGAAAUGAUGUAGAAACAACAGUAAAUGUAGUGAAAAAGAAUAUUAUUGAUAGCACUGUAGGUGAUAACAUUAAUUUUGAUAAGUCGCCCAGUAGGAUUAGUAGGAAAGGAAGUAGAGAUGAAAUAACUAACAAUAAGAAAGGAUCGAUACAAUCUAUUACUUCAAUUGACUUGGUCAAUAUUAGUAACAAAACAGGAGACUGUUUAAAAACUCACAAAAAACAUAAAGAAGAAAAACUUAACACAACUGGAGUACAAGAAGAACAAUCAAUACAGUAUAAUGACAAAGUGGUGGAAGAUGAGGUUGUUAAUGAUGAGCAAAUUGUGGAUGAUGAUGAAACUGAUAUUGAGAAUAAUAUUUGUCUUAUCAGUGGUGAUCAGUUAUCUGUUCAACCCAAUUCCAGUGGUCCAAUAGAAGAACUUAUGGAAAUUCACAAGGGUGUUGAAAAUCAACCUUAUAUAGACAAUGUUGAAGAAAAAAGUGUUGACUCAUUUACUAGACAAGCUAAUAAAGUAUUUUGUAAUGAAGAAAACUCAUCGAAACAUACAAAUAAAUGUAUAUCUGAAGACAAGUUAUCAGUCCAAGAUGCCACCUCUGAGCCUACUGUUGAAAAUAAUGAUGAACCAAUUGAAGAAAAUAGUUACAAUUUGGAUAUAGACAAUCAAAAUUCUCUUCUACAAACAACAACCAGUAGAAAUAAUAUAGACACAACAAUGAAUGUAAAGACCAAAAUUACUACUGAUAAUAAUACUUUAGGUAGUGAAAGUAAUUUUGAUGAGUUGCCUGAAAAGAUUAGUAGUAAAGUGAAUCAAACAAAAAUAUCUAGGAGUAAAAAAAGAACAACAAAAUCUACUACAUCUGUUGACUAUACUAAUAUCAAUUACGAAGCAAGUGACUGUUUGCAAAAUGCAAAUAGUGUAGAAAUUUAUGAAAAUAAUGUUAAUUGUGAAUCAAAGUUUCUCAAUCAAUUAGAUUCUUCAUUGACUUCUGACGAUGCACCAAAUAUAAAAAAUAAAAAACUUUCUAAAAAAGGAAAGAGGUCUUGUUCACCUAUCAUAGAGGGUCAAUUCAAAAAAGCCGAAUUCAAAUUGAAUAAAAGAAAAGUUGGAUCAAAAUCUGAGAAACAAUUAAGGAAUAUCUGUAAAAGUAAAGAUCAUAACUACUGUAAUUCAUCCAGAUCAGAAAAUGAAGAUGAAUCAAUAGAAUCUGCAUAUUUAUCACAAUCUUCUUUAGAUACUGAAAAUGGAAAAGAUUAUCAAUCCAGCAAGCUUAAUAGAAAUGUUAGAAAUCAGUUUAAAAUUUGGAACUCUACACCAAGAGUACCAGAAACAUCUCAGCAAAGAUCAAAAGCAAAGAUCAAUUCAGGUGAAAGUUCAAAUAAUAGAAAAUAUGUAGAUAGAACUAUCAACAGUUCAAGUAGCCACAUUCAUGAACAAUCUACAUCACAAUCUGUGUUGGAAGAGACAAUGGAGAAUAUCCAAUUGCAUGUGAUAAACUCUGAGGAAGAGCUCCAGAGACUUAAGAAACUGAACAUCAAAAUCACAUGGGAGCUACCAAAAAUUCAUGCACUAGACAAUGGCUCACAACAUAUGUCACUCAAGAAACUCAGAACGAUUUUGGGCCCUGACAGUGACCUACUCUGUGAUGACAAAUUUAGUAGCCAAGAAGUAAAACAAAUCAAGAGAAAUUGGAAAAAAUUUUGCAAGAUUUAUGGUUUCAAAAAUCCGGAAAUGUUUAUGUCUUCAAAGCAACUGUACGGGUAUUUUCCAAUAAAGGAGAGACUAAAAUUUAAACAAUUCCUAGCAAGAAAAUUGCCAUAUAGGAGACUGUAUAGUGUAUACCACAAGUUCAUGGACAUAUUUGCUGUCAAGUCAAGAGGAAGGUGGAAAGAGAAAGAGGACCAGUUGCUCAUACAACUGUACCAUGCGUAUGAAGAGGAGGAAGGCAAGGUGAAGUAUGGAAUAUCUAGAAACACUAUGCUGGCCAAAGCCCUCCAACGCACACCAAUGUCUAUCCAUCGAAGACUCCAAGUACUGUUCAGUGAUGAUGACAAAGAUGAGAAAGGCGUGCCAGGUGAAAUCGGUUGGACUCCAGAUCUUGAAGGGAAGGUAGUUUACUACCUAUUGAAGAAAUUAAAAUAUGAUUCAAUAGAAGAGUUGCGAUAUGCUACAAUACCGGAUGAAGUAUGGUAUAAGGUGGCUGAUAAACUUACAUUGUCUCACCGGCAACUGAUAAAUCAUUGGAAAUAUUUUCUCUAUCCACAACUGUUUGCUCGCCAAGCAAUGUUACGCCAUCACCUCUACAUAGAAUUGAUUUGUUGGUUCAAAAAAUCACAAAUUCAAGAUUGGGCUGAUGUUGACUGGGGAGAUUUAUCAAAAAGGGCCGGAGAUCUUGGGUCUUUUUACCUUUACAGGUGUUAUAGAGCCUUAACAAAGAAUUAUGUCCCAAAGAAUUUGCAUACAAAUUUCAGAGCUUGCACAAUUCACAUGUAUAAGUAUCUGCUUCCAUCCCUGCUGAGAAAGGAGACCUCUUACAUGUUAAAAAGAUGGAGAUACAAUCCAGACACCAGAUCACUGGAGAAACUUGAGGACAAUGAUACAGAUUGCUCAUUUAAGAUUGAGUGAAGAGUAACUUUGAUAGAUUAACUCUGGUAACUGUUACAAACUUAACCCAUUGGCGAAUUAUCUCAAAACAGUUUUGUGAUGGCCGGAUUGCUCCUGAAUUCCCUGUAUCAUGGUAUUUUUUUCCAAUACGAGAAUUUCUGGAGGGAUUAAUGUAUUGAGAUCAAACAAAAGAAUUAUACUGGCAAUUAAUGUUCAGUAUGUCCAUAAAAAAUGGAAGAUAUGAAAAAUCUUAAUAAUAACAGAAUUAUUAGUUACUUUGUGUAUGUGCUCUAAAAUAAAAGGUACUUUUAGUUUGGCUAGUUGUUAAUUUAGGAGGUCACCUUGAUUCUGCCGUCUUGGAUUUAUGUUUAAUAUUUUGAGUACAAAUAGGAUGAAGUAAAAUAUCUUUUUUUAGUUGAGUGGCAUAAAAUAUUAUUCUAUUUUUUAUGAAUUACAGUUAUUAGGAAAAACGCAGCUUUUAAAUAUGUAAUUUUAAUAUCCAGAGUUGAGAUAUUAUGCCAUUUCUUUUUUUUAAUAUGUAACUGACCUAAAUAACUCCUAGAAAUAAGUAGUUUUCCUUAAAAUAAAGAAAGACAUCAUUUUUGGUUUCCAGAAAGAGAUAAGAAAUUCCUGUUUUAAUUCUUAAUAAGUUAUUAACUAACUGAACAUUCUAAUGCAUUAUCAACUUUAGCCCAUUAGCCACACAAUACACAAAUUUAUUUCCCGUAUUUAAUUUAUUAAUAAAUUCAGUAUUUAUUAAUUCAAAUGGUGAUAACUGUUUGUACUAAUGAACUUGGAAUUUAAAAAAUCAAUUAAAAAUUAUAUCACGUACCCUAUUUGUUUUUAACAUAUCAAACGUAAAUGUAAGAUGGUGGAUUCAAGAUUAUUCACCAUAGAAUAAAUUAUUAUAUUUUAAAUGGCGGGCACCAAAAUUAUUCAAAAUUAACCAAACUGGAAAAAUCUUUUAUUUUAUAGACACAUAUUAAAAUUGUCUGCUAAAAUGUUAAGUCAGUAUUACGAUUUGCCUCUAUUCAAAUCUUUAUGGAUAUAAUAUAGGCUAUAUUGAAACAAUUAUGGAUUUAUAAACAACAUAUUCUGUUUUUAUCAUCUAGUUAUGUGGUAUUUUAUUGACAAUAUCCAAGUGAUAAACUGAUUUGACUGCAUGGUGGGGUCUAUAAAAUGUUUUAAAACGUGAGUUGGAUACCUAUUUCUUAUUUGUUUUUAAAAAAAUUGUUUUUGGGAUUUUCUUGUGAAACCUAAAUAUAUUGUGAAUUGUCUGUCCUCACGAAUAUUCGUAUCAAUUGCAGUCUCUAAGUCACCUGAGGUUGAUCUCAAUGUUCUUCGUCAUAAAUAUUUUCAAGGCCAUCUUUAAAAUCUCUCAUCUAUUUCCAAAACUUUACCUCCACUCAUUACUGUAUCUUUGUACAUUUCAUAAAACUGACAGUGAAUACUAUAGCAGCGGAAAUGUUUCUUGUGGUUAAAAAAUAUUGGUAGGCAAAACUAAUAAUGAAUGUGAAAUCAAAGGAAAUUAGUCAACCAAUUUAUGUACCACUAAUAAGGAACAUUAAAAAUCUCACUGUGGUUAUUUGUAGAUGUGCUACAAGUAGAUAGAUGAUGAGAGAGAACCAGAUACAAUAUUACUUAGAGCCUCUGUAUCAGAUGAUAGAUUUUACAGCCAUCUGCUGAUUAGCCAUUGUCUACUUGUCUCUCUUCUAAAAUUCAUAUUUUUUGAAAGUCAAUUCAAUUGAAUUAAAUCAACUUAUUUCAACAAACAACAAAUUGGUCAACUUAAUUACAUUUAAACACAUAAACCAAAUAUUUAAUACUUUUAUUUUUGUGAGGCCUUACAAAAAUAAAAGUAUUAAAUAUUGGUUUAUGUGUUUAAAUGUAAUUAAGUUAACAGUAGCCAAUAUAAGCUCCAUCUUCAACAUUUCAACAAUUGGUCAGUUUAAUGAGUUAAAACGUAAUAACAUGAUAGUAGAAUAUAUACCAGAUUUCAUGCCUUGUUGUAAUUAAUGUAUCUGGGAUUUAUUAUUAUAUUACAAAUAUCAUUCUCUAUUGUUUUAGUAUCCUGAAAAUUUAUUUACAUAACUAUAACAUAACAUAUUUAAGUUAAUCUACAGGUUUUCCAUAAUGAUGGUAACACGGUUUAAAAGUGAGUUUUACAAACAUGAUGCAUUAGACAAAAACUACCGAUUAAAAAAAUAUUAUUGAAUUAAUAAACUUUUAACUGUAUAUCACUAUAAUACAUAUUAAUAUAAUAUAAACUCAAUGUUAAGAAUAGCCUAAAUUAUAAUUUUAAAUUCCCAAAAAUCAUCAUGUGCUUUAAUUUUUUUAACAAAACUAUUUUCUUUGCAUGAAACAAAUUUGCUUAAUAAUUUAAAUAUUUAAAAAUGGGAUCAAAGAUUUAAGUAACUUUACAUUUUUCACAGUUUUAUUGAAUAUGUUCAGGGAGGACAGAUGAUUUAUUAUAUUAGGUCAUUCGCCAAUGAGCUAAGAACUAAUUUUGACUAUGUACUAAAACUUACUGGAUUUUAAAAUAAACAUUAGUUAUUUUUUGAAGCCUGUCUUUUUUAUGAAAUAUUGUUGGUUAUAUGAAAUGUAGUGUAUUUAAUUCAAUUUUUAAUUUCCUGUUCUCAGUAUAUAUUAGGAUUAUACUACUUUAUGAGAAUACUGUGUUAGUUGUUCAUACAUUAUGACUAAACAUGAUUUCAGUUAUUUUACAUACUUUAAUACUGUUCAAAAUGUUGUAAUUAAAUGAUAUUAGUUUUUAUCUUGCCUGUUUUAUUAUCUGUUAUAAAUUGGUUUCAACAGAGUUUGAUCAUUUAUAGUCUUUAUGAAUUAAAUUUUGUUGAUUUGCUGUGUUCUACAAUUUCAUAAAAUUUACUGUGUUUAAUUUGUACAAGUUUUGUAUUGUAUAUUGUGUAAAUAUUCUUGAAAACUGUGAUUAAAUUAUAGUAUUUUUCCAUUGAUAA